AUGGAAUUAUAUAAACAAGGAGCAGAAUCAAAAAUAUUCACUACUACAUUCUCAGAUCGAAAAGCCAUUGUUAAAGAACGAUUUUCAAGACAAUAUAGAAACAAAUUGUUGGAUUUAAAUAUACGAAAAGAACGCACUAAAGCUGAAGCAAAAGCGAUUUUGAAAUGUAAACUGGGUGGAAUUGCAACUCCUGUUAUAUAUUCUUUGGAUUUAAAAAACUACAAAAUAAUAAUGGAACAUAUAAAUGGUCAAACAGUAAAUGACUAUCUAACUAAUAUGAAUGAUACACAAGAUAAGAAGGAAAAGUUAACAAAAUUACUCACAAACUAUGGAGCUAUCAUAGGAAAAAUGCAUUCUCUUGGAGUAUUUCAUGGUGAUCUUACAACUUCUAACGUCAUACUUAAAGAAGACGAUACUUUGGUGUUGAUUGAUUUUGGCCUUAGCCAUUUUAACCCAAGUAUUGAAGACAAGGCUGUUGAUUUAUAUGUUUUAGAAAGAGCAUUUGUUAGUACACAUUCAUAUUUGUCAGAUUUAUUUUCAGUGAUAAUGGAUGGUUAUAAAAGUUCUUACGAAUUAGAUGUUCAAGCUGUUGUUAAUCAAUAUCUAAAUGUUCGAAUUCGAGGUCGUAAACGACAAAUGAUUGGCUAG